CAGCUGUUUCUGUUUAUGUCUGUAUGAAACUGCGUGUUAUGCUACGAGUACAACGGGAGCGGAAGUAUCUUGAAGAGGGUGAAUAUUUCAUUUGAUUUUUAUAACCCAUGCGCAGUUUAAUUUCGACGGCGUCAGAACAACAGUUUCCAGACAACACUGAGAAACGUUUGCAGUCGUGUAUGUCUGUAGAUGGGAAAGUAUUGGAGUAAAAUGGCUUAUUAUCUACUAUACACACGCCCUGUACCAUUGGAUUAUGACGUGAGGGGACUUUUAAACUACAAGCUGUCCUGCUGUGUAAAUGCUUUGCUUCAGUCCUUUUCUGCCACCACUGAACUACUGGACAUACUGAACAAAUGGCAUCCAUCAGAUAGGACUGAUAAGAGUAAUGUCCCACUGCAGUUGAAGAAUAUCCUGGAAGCCAUGAGGGGAAAAUCAUAUCCUGCUCCAUACAAAGACUUCCUCAACUGCCUCUACCGCCAAGCCAUCCAACGAUGGACUGAGCAGGAUGCAGAUGAAAUAUUCCACAUCAUCCUCAGUCUCAGUCAGAAGCAGAUAGCUGAUGCUGUUCUGGCUCAGGAAAUCAGCAGUCUCUUUGAAAUAAAGGUGGAGACCCAGGUGGGGUGUUUAAAUUGCAAAUUCAUCCAACGAAUGCCCAACUCUCUUUUUAGCCUUCCUUUGGCGAUCUGUGAAAGGGAAAACUCCUUGGAAAACUGCAUCAACUCUUUUUUCCAGCUACAAAAGCUGGUGGACAGUGAGAAGGUUUACUGUGACAAGUGUGAAAAAAGGCAGCCAUCCACUUAUGAGUUGAAACUCGUCUCAUUGCCUCCGAUUCUGUGUGUCCACUUGAAAAGAUUCAGAAAUGAUAAUGGCUACCCAAGGAAACUCUACAACAAAGUCGCCUUCCCUGAAACGUUUAGCACUGGCAUUUUUUCUGCAGGAAAAUCAGAAGCUGAUUGUCUCCGUUCUGAUGAGCAUUACAGUCUCUAUGCAGUAGUUGUGCAUAAGGGAACUACUGUGUCUGGUCACUACACUGCUUUCAUCAGACCAAAUCAGGAAAAGAUGUGGUAUUAUGCUGAUGACAGCUGCGUGCGACCAUCCACAUGGGCAGAUGUGCAGGGCACAUAUGGAGGGUACCGUCAGCACUAUGGAGAGACAGCCUACCUGCUUCUGUAUAGGAAGAAGAGCUGAAUUCAUCUGGAAAACUGUUGGCAACAUGCACUGAAGCACUUGAUGAAAACUACAUGAAUGAAUGCAGAGAAUAUUCCAAGAAAAGGAUUAAAGUCUAUUUAUAUUUUAAGUAUGAAGAGGGGUGUUUAAAAAUGAAAAUCAGUAUAUAUUUUAAUGUUGAUUGGGGUUAUAUAGGACAAUAUUUUGUAUAGGAAUAUGCUGCCAGAGCAUAUUUUGUGGAUAUUAUGGAUACUGUUCAAUAAAAUGAUAACAAUAUGUUUUGAAAUAA